AAAACCUUUAUUUCAAAAUGCAAUUAAAUGAUUAAAAUGAAUUGCAAUUAAUUCAAAACAAAAUGAACAAUGUUCGUUACACCUUAAAUGGAAAUGGAAAGUGCAAAACGGGAUUCCCCUGGCAAGUCUAUAUAGGCAACCCCAACGGCACUAGCAGGAUCAUGGAUUUCUUCAGACGAAUGACCGAAUCACAAACUCGGCAUUCGUCUGCUAACCUGAAUAAGAUUAAACCUGACGUUGCAUGCAGUAACCAGCAUGCACUUCCCCGACCUGUAAUUAACGAUGGAUUUUCGACUGCCAGCGGAGAAGACUUGAACAACCAAAGUUUUCUUCGUCUGAAGGAAAAAGUCGACGAAAAUAACCUGAUUGUAUUGGAAAACCAACGUUUGGCGAAUGAGUUGAGUCUAGUUCAAUCCCAACUGACAGACUCCCAUUCCAAGUUACGACAAUUCCGCAUCGAGUCAGCUACUACCAAAACUAAACUCGAAAAACAGAAACGUUUUAUUACUGACAUUACAGUGAAAAAUAUUCGCUUGACAAAUGAGGAUUCGCGACUUACGCGAAAAACUGAAGACAGGGAUAGAAUUAUCGCAUCUAAUGUGAUUGAGAAAAACCUGAUUUUAUUGGAUAAAGAACGCUUGGAGAAUGAGUUGAAUCUAGUUCAAUCACAACUGACAGACUCCUCAUCAAAGCUGCGACAGUACCAAAACGUACACGACGAGUUGGCAACUACCAAAAGCGAACACGAAAACAACAAACGUUUAAUGACUGACAUUACGGAGAAAAAUCUCCGCUUGGCAAAUGAUGAUUCGCGUCUUAGGCGAAAAAUUGAAGACAGGGACAGAAUGAUCACACUGAUUGUGUUGGAAAAAGAAAGUUUGGCGAAUGAGUUGAGUCUAGUUCAAUCCCAACUGGCAGACUCCCAAUCCAAGCUGCAAAUGUUUCAGAACGUACACGACGAGUUGGCAACUACCAAAAGCGAACUUGAAGAAAAGCAAAGUCUUAUUAUUGACAUUACAGGGGAAAAUCUCCAGUUGACAAAUGAGAAUUCGGGGCUAAUGCGAAAAAUUGAAGCCAAGGAUAGAGUUAUCGCAUAUAAACGAACGAAAUUGGAGCAACUACAUAAUUGUUAUGAAGAAAAAAAAUUGCACAAGGUGCACAAUGAGCUAGCUUCAAGUCAACGUGCUCUGGUAUCCAAAAACAGAGCCAUCACUAAACUUCAAGAGCAAAAUCAAGAAAGUCGAGCAGAAUUGGAGCAACUGCGGACUUGCCUAAGUGAACAACAAUUGGACACCUCGCAGUUGGCCGUGGCUACACGUGAGCUAGAGUCAAAGAAUAAAACCAUUUCUGAACUUGAAGCGAAAAAUCUCAGUUUGGCCGAAAACGAUGGGCGGUUAAGGCGCAAAAUGGAAGACGACGAUCGUCUCCUUCAAUCCAGUCAGUCGGCUUUGCAACAAUUACAAGAUGAACUACUAGAAGUACUUAAUAACGAUUCACAGUUGAAGCAAACAAUGGAAGAUGCCGGCGGUCUUCUGCUAUCCAGUAAGGCGACCAUGGAAGAACUCCAGCUGUCCCAUAACAAACAGACCGAAAGGGUCGAGCAAAUGGUGGAUCAAAUUCGAUCAAAGAACGAAGAAGUUGCCGAAUUGACAAAUAAAAACCACCAAUUGGAACAAAACGAUCAGCGGCUAAGGCAAAUAAUAGAAGAGACCAAACUUCUUGUUGUAUCCAGCAACGAUGAAUUGGAAAAUCUCCGGGUGUGCAUUGCCGAACAGCAAUCGGACAAGGUGCACGAGUUGGCCAUAGCUAACUGUGAAAUAGAGUCAAAGAAUAAAACCAUUUCUGAACUUGAAACGGAGAAUCUCCGUUUGGCCGAAAACGAUUCACAGCUGAGGCGAAAAAUGGAAGAUAGCGAUCUUCUUCUUCUAUCCAGUAAGGCGGAAGUGGAAGAGCUACGAGUAUCCCUGAAUAACCAAACCGAAAGGGUCAAGCACCUACAGGAUCAAGUGAAAAGUCUGGACCAUGAAAAAGACGAGGCUGUUCGUAAAUUGGCUGAAUUGGAAGCUAAGCAGAAAGAAAUGAAACCGAAACUGACGUCUGACGUUGGAUGCGGGAGCGAUGAGGUUAUAAAUAACCCUCUCCGAAUUGAAAAUCCCAUUAAAAUCGUAAAGGACACACCGAUUGUCGUAACUGCUGAGCCACAACCGGUGCACUUAUCACCAACCCGCACUGAAAUUGAAAGUAAAGCCGGCCAGGUGUCCACUGAAAAACCGCCGACUGAGUUUAACAUUUUAUCUUCUGUAAACACGGAAGUCUACGUCGAUCGAAUCGUCAUAACAGGAAUAGCGAAUAAGGAUUGCGGGCGAGUUAUCGGGCGUCAUGGGAGCAACGCCAAAAGGAUAGAAGAACAAUAUUGGGUUAGUGUAAGUUUUAUCAACGGUAACCUAUUCAUCACCGGAGGAGAUGCUGAGAGCCGACAAGCAGCUUGUAACGACGUAAUUGACAUUUUAUCAGUCGCCAUCGAAUGCCCUAAAAUCAAUCUAAGAAGAAACAUCUUUUCCGACGGAUAUGAGUUAAGAGAAUUGGCUUUUAACCAUGAUGUACAUAUUUAUCGUCCAGGUGGAGAAAAUAAGUACGUCACCAUCUGGGGUACACUAGCCAAUUGCCGAAGAGUUCACGACAUUCUUCAAAAUGGAAAUCGCUAGUUUUUGAUUUUUUUUUUAAAUUAAGUUAAGUUACAAUUGAAGCUGGAUGUCAGUUUUGUCGAUCGGAAUAGUUGUUGUCUUGCGAUGACUAUUUCGAUGGUAGAAGCUGGUCCAGUUUCUUUUGUUUUUUCCUUUGAUUUUGUUUUUCUCUCUUUUUCGAUUCAAAUAAAAAUUCAUUUUAAACUUCAAAUCUUCAACUCGUUUCGUCUUUCAUUUACUCGGCCAAGGGAGAAAAAAAAACAGAUUCUUGGCAGAUGUUUUGUUGAAUAUUAAACGAAAAUGGUAAAAAUAAGUAUACCUCGACAAGAGGCUGCCGUAUUCGCAAUGUCAAUGAUAAGGGUGAAGUUAAGAAGACGGGAUUUUUGCAAUCAUCUAAAUGGUAGGAAUAAAUUUCAUUCAAAAGUUUUUUCCCGAU